GGAGAGUCGAAACCCAUAAAAAAGGCAUUAAAUUAUGCGUAUUUUAUGUGAAAAUAAUCUCAAUGGGUUCUUUUAUAUAUGGAUAAGAUGUUUUAGUAUGAAAAUCCAGAAAAAAAUGGGUUUAUUAAGGUUUUUGGAGAAUAAAUUUAUUAAGUAUGAAUUGGAGAAAAAGUUUGGAAAAAUGAAAAAUAAUGAAUUUCUAUUGAGUGGAAUUGAAAGAUACAGUUCUUUUUGUGGGGAAAAGCUUUUUUUUUUGGAGAAAAAAUGCCCAAAACAGGGGAAACUAAUGAUAAAAGGGUUUUCAUCUCUUGGAUUAAUGUUACCUAUUGUAAAUUCUAUUCAUAAGGACGUUCUUAAUUUGUUUCCUGUUGUUAAUCCUACAAGUAUUCAAAUACUUGCGAUCCCAAGGAUAUUAAAAUGUUAUUUGAAAAAAACAUUUUACAAAACGUUUAUUUUGGCAGCUGAGACAGGAUCUGGUAAAACAUUGGCCUAUAUUAGCCCAGUUUUACAUAUUUUAAAAUUGGAGGAAAGGAAUUUGGAAGGGAUUAAUGAUUUACGUUGUAAAGGUAGACCGAGGUGUAUUAUUCUUGUUCCUACGGCUGAGUUGGUUCAACAGAUUCACAUGUUACUGAAACGAAUGUCUCAUACUGUUAAAUUUCGUUCAUCUUUUGUUAUGUCUGGAUGCUCUUGGAAUUUUAUAAAAGAAAAUGUAUUGGCUUCCGUUUGUGAUAUUCUUGUUGCAACUCCUUUUCAAAUUUAUAAAUUUAUUGAAGAAAAAAAAUUAAGUUUAGAUCAGACCAGAUACAUGAUAGUUGAUGAAGCUGAUACCCUUAUGGAUAUUUCAUUUCAUUCGAUUGUGUUAUCUAUUCUAAAUUCAGCUACUAAUUUAAAAUUGCGCAUUUUUUGUUCUUCUGUUGUAUCACAAAAAUAUGAACGUUUUUUGUUUAAACAUUAUCCUGAUAUUUAUAAGAUAGUGACACCUGAACUUCAUACUAUAUCAAAAAAGAUUUCUUUUAAGUUAAUUGAUGCUCAAAAAGCUUUUAAAAAUAAUAAAAAAAUGGCAUGUCUUAGCAUCCUUGAAAAAAUUGCAAAGAAUGAUGUUUCAAAAAAAGUUAUUGUUUUUUUUAAUGAAAGAAAACACUCGGAUGAAUUUUCUCAUUUUCUUAAAAACAAAGGGUUUCAUGCUUUUUCUUUAACAAAAUAUACUAAAGAUCGUCUUAAUAAUAUACACAAUUUUAUUUAUGGUAAUUCUUAUGAUAAAUCUUUAUCUAUUUUGGUUACAACUGAUUUGAAUUCACGGGGCGUGGAUACUGUUGGCCUAAAAAAUGUUAUAUUGUUUGAUCUGCCAUAUAAUCAUGUCGAUUUAAUUCAUCGUCUUGGGAGAACUGGUAGAGCUGGUAAAACGGGUAAAGCAUAUUUAAUUUAUGGGAAAGGUGAAAAUCAUGAAUGGAUUAGAAAAAUUCAGGAAUCUAUAAGAAUUGGCAAACCGUUGAUUUAGUAUAAUUGAAAAAAAAUCUUGCUUUAUUUUUUUAAGAUAUAUAUUUUUAUAUUUAAAAAAUAGUUAUUAUUUUAAACCUUCUUUUUUGUAUUUUAAUUAUACUUCUCUACUCUAUAUAGU